UCGCAACAUCAAGCAGCAACUUUCUUGGUGUUCAUCAUUGGCAACUUCCCUCGUUAUUAUUAACAAAUGAAGUUACUAAGAUUGUUCACUGUUGCAAACCCAUUGUACACUAAAUGUGUCGAACACUGUGAAUAUAUUACAGCGGCUGAGAACAAUCUUAAUGUACCAAACUCGAUUCACCAUGAGACGUCAACAAAACAUCGAGCCACAUCUAUAUACGAGAGGUUAACACCUGUUACGAUAAGUUAACAAAUGGUACAGAAAUUGUACAGCAGUACGAACCUGAUACAUGAACUUCGCCAACGAAUUCUGGAUCUGAUUGAAAGCCUUCGCGCCUUAGGUUAUUCUCGCUUGUUGCCCAUGGACUCAUUUAAGAAACCAAACUUCCCGCUUCUUGCCGAAAUUCUCGAGUUUUUGAUGACGCGAAUUGAGCCGGAGCUGAACUUGCCCCCUGACCUCAACAACGAACAUGAUCGAGUCUACUUCGUGAAAAUGAUUGCUGAAACUAUGAUGCUGAAAGCGAAUCUGAAGCUGAGUACGAAGCGGCUGUAUGGAGCUGACGCGUACGCGAUUCGUGAGGUCCUCAAGUUAGUUCAGCUGCUUCAGGGUACACUUAAGGAGGAGCCAGCAGGCAAUGGCGAUCAAAAGAACGAAGGUGACGAAGACGAAAAUGUUUACGAUUCAUACGCCGUAUCGUCAAAGUUUUCAGAGUUGCGUAGGGCGCGCCAGCUGGCAAGUGAUCUUACAAGUGAGGGAGCAUCACUGUUUGAUCUUCUUGGGAAAGAGGUAGAACUCAAGAAAGUACGGAACGAUGCUUUAUCCAGAUAUCUCGAAAUUUCACAGGUAGAGCGUUGUAUAGGACAGGUGAUGACGACUGUACGUUCGGAUAUCGAGAAAACCCGCGCUUUAAUUGCGAAUGUUCACGAGGAUGAGACGAAUCUUGAACAAAAGAUCGAAAAACGCAAACAGGAGCUAGAACGAAGUCAAAACAGACUUCAAACGUUACGCGCAGUACGGCCGGCGUAUAUGGACGAGUACGAAGUGCUAGAAGACGAACUUAAAGAAGUAUAUCAGGAAUACGUAAGAAAGUACCGCUGCUUGGCAUACCUAGAACAGCAAUUAGAGGAGCUGGAACGUCUUGAAACUCAGGAGAAAGCGGAACGUGAAGAGAGAGUGAAAAAAAUGGUUGGGGAAAUGCGUGAAAUGGGAGUCGAAGGUACUAAUGACGGCGAUGAAGGCAUGAACGGAACCGGGAAGCUCAGAACACGCCGGGACGUUACUAGAAGGCAGCGAGUUUUCGGAUCUAUGACUGCGCCUGAUAAGGACUCCGAUUCAGACUUGGAGCUAGACGAGGAUGAAGACGGAUCCGACAAUUCUUCUGAUGACGUAGAUCUGGCCGCCUUUGGUGCCGUGAAAGCGCCAAACGUCAAAUCCGUGAACGUCGAUUCAGACAAUGACUUCUAAGGGUACUUCAAUUGCGUUGGUGUUUGGAAACACUUUUACUCUAGAGGUCUCUCCAGUGAACUCCAUUACCUUGUCUUAUUUCGAUCAUUACGCCGUUAUCGAGGACAAUACAAUAAAACAAAAAUUACUACUUGAGUAACUCGUUCGAUAAUAUCUGCUGUCAAACGCCUACACUGAAGUGAUUUGAUGAAAGCGGGUGACAGCUGUUGCAUCUUGCGUUACUGCCCCUCAAGAGCUACUGGCUACCCAUGAAUUUCCCCACUCACAGACCGGGCCAGAGCGGGAAGCUUGGUCCCUCCAGUGCGCAGAUUUUACCGACCGGAAGCCGUACCGCUCUAGACGGGGAGUUAUUAAUUUGUUUACAUGGUGCCUUAGCGUUAAUACCUGCAGCAGUACACGAUACGUAUCUUAAAAAGUAUGCUCUUAUCACUACGAUGUAGAAUCGUAUGAUUUGUCAGUGCAGUGCUUUUAUCUGAAAAAUAAAAUUCAUUGAAGGAACCAAAUCAAUCCAUAAAUAUUAACCAUUGAUGUGCCGGUCUAGGUGCCACUAACUUACCGUACCUGAUAAACAGAGGUUACAUCAAUAACGAAAGCUUAGUUCCUACUAAUCUUGUACCGUGAAAUGUACAUGUGGUAGCAUGAGGACCAGUUUAUUGCGAAGUAUACUUAAAAUUUUUUACAUUGAAAAAAAUGAACGUGCAUCAUUCUCAAAUUAUGCGGAAGUUUGAUAUGCCCAAUGGACCUUCAAGCGAUGUAUCUGACGCAAACGCAUUUCCCUUCUGGGUCUUGUUUCGUCUACUUACGAAACGGCUUGCAUACAAGAUCCCCGCUGUUCCACUGAAGCGUUGAGUUGAAAAAAUCAAUGAACUCGAGCGGUGCGUUCAUUGUUUUUUUAGUAACAGCUUUAGUAACAGUAAAGUAUGGGAAUUUGCAAU